AUGGGGCUCGCGCACGCAGAGGGGUCGCCUGAGCUUCCCCCUUUGCCACAUGGUACUCAGGAAGAUAGCAUUGAAGUAGACGACAGCCUGAGCGAGGACGAACCUACGGGGGGUGUAGGAGACAUACCGCUUGAACCCAAAGUUCCUGUCCCAAUUCCCCCUCGCCGUCGCAACUCUCCAAAGGAUCCACCGGAGAGUUCGCAGGACUCGCAAGAACAUAUUCCAGGACCCGCGACGGUGAACAUGGACGUGGACAAGGCCCCGAGGGUACAUGCACAUCACACGGGGGUACUUGAGUCACUGAUGUCGCGAAAGACGGACAGGGACAGAGACGGAGGGAAGGAGAGCUCAGGAAGUGAUGUGGCGAGGAAACCCCCUCCUCCCAAAAUUGCAAGGAUCGAUGCCCCUGAAUUCGGAGGUGAGAGUAAACCACGUCGUAGCACGGAGUAUUACGACCUGGAGGUAGAGGCCAAGAAAGAGGACCCCGGCGAUGACGAGCUUCGAGGGGCCUCUGUUCCCACGAACAGACACCGACGGGGGGACAGGUCGACUUUCGGAAACGACACACCACCUUGGGUAGGAGCUUUGGAAGGGCGUAUUCUGGCACACCUCGAACCUCUGAAAACAGAUGUGUCCGAAAUUAAUGUACGCAAUGUUGACAUGCAUAGGGAACUCGUGCACAUCUCGAGUGAGUUCAAGGAACAUGCCGUCCGACUGGAUGGCCAUGACGCAGUUCUCAAAGAGCACACAGAAAGAACUGAUGCCCACAGUCUUAGGAUUGCCGCUCUUGAGAGAGAGGUCAGGGACUUACGGAAUAGUGCCUCCCGAUCUCCCACGCCCACGAGGGGGCCCCUCACUCCGCCUCGCUCGCCCCGGCAAGGGAGUAUCACUCCCCAACGCGAGCGCAACAUUGAUGAGGAGCUGCAGUUGGCCAUUGGAGGGUGGGCCGACUGCAAAAGAGAUGAUGCGAUCGAAGAAGCCAAAGCCAUGUUUGAAGCUGCCAAGAUGGAUCAUGCCUGGGCGGACAUCUGGAGCCCCUAUACGAGAACCUCCCAUGUUCGAGUCUCGCUCCGCUUUCCCGACACGCACAAAACAAUUCCGCAACAGCGAGCCUUCCAAACAGAGGUUCUAGAGGCCCUCAAGAAGAAGAAAUACUUGAGUAGCGUGCCGGGUCAGGAAUGCAUGGAGAUCUGGGUUAACAGACAUCGCACUCCAGAAGAAAGGUCGAAGAUCAGAGCUGUGGUGAGUGUCAAAGAAUUCAUCGAACAACUGACUUUUGCUGAGGGAAAGAAGAAACAACCCGCCGAACUGGAUUGGCGGGGGAAGUUGUUUGUAGGCAACAUCAACAUCUUAGGGCCCCCCGAACAAGCAGACCAGGUCGCCGAGCAUGAUCUCCUUCUCGCCGACCCCAAAGGUAACCACUCAGGUUGGUUCAUUCGAGGGGAUAAGUUUCAGCUGGCCACAGGAUGCAAAGCCGAGGACCUCCAGACCCUCUGGGAGAACCGGGACGUGGCCAGGUGCUGGGAUUUGGUGGGUGGUGAGGGAGUUGACUUUUUCGCAUUUCAAGAGGGGAGCUACAUCAUGCGAGCUGGCGGGCAGUCGAAGGCGGCAACGGGGCCAUCCGGGAACGCGGAUCCCGUGACAGCUGAGGAGAUUCACAACACGCCAGCCUACGACCCGUUGCAGCCACAGCUUCACAAUUGGGCCAACUGUUUCUUUCGGUAUUGGGGGCACGCCGCACGCUACUGCGAUUUCGAUUGGCGCCCCAUCCAAAAAAUGAUUUCCUUUCGCGAUCACGAUUGGUUAGAAAGUAACCCCCAGGCCAAAAGAGCUCCAGGCUACUGGCCGGAUUCUGUGCGAUGGAUCCAGCUUGCCUGGCAAGAUGCCGGGCACUUAGGCAACUGGCUGACGCAAGCGCAGGACCGUGAGCUCUGGAAGUCCUUCAUCGCCGAUUGGAUAGGACAUCACUUUGAGCACAGCACCGGCUACUUUCCCGAUCUUACUCGGGUGGAGCUGCUUGGUCGUUCUCUUCUUCAGGCAUGUAUUCGCGUAUCAUCGGAUGGUAGCUCGAAAGAGUACAAAGGCGGGGCCGGCCACCGGAUCGAGUUCCAAUGCGACUCCUUUCAUGUCCUCCAAAUCCUUUCAGAUGCCAUCAUCACCACUGCCAAUUUGGCAGAAGUGUGUCUGCUCAAGAAGGAGUGGUCAUUCUUACAGGACAGCAUCCAAAUUGCCCAUGUGCGGGCCCACCAAGGUGACCCCCUGAACGAACUCGCCGAUGCCACAGCCAAGCAUGCAGUGAGGCUCAUGCACAGCAGGAUUGUCUAUCGGUCCUGGGACUACGGCCUGUCAAAGUUCACGGAGGACUCCUUCACGAUCCCGCGAAGUUCUGAGGCCUAUCCGUGGACAGCUCUCGCGAUGCUCCUGGCACUGUUGAGCUUGAGUGCACUCGGACUCAUGGUCCGAAAACUGCAUGGCCAAUUCAAAGACAUUCUGCAUGCCCUGCACGUUGUCCAGCUGAAGAUGGAGGCCUUUGCCACGCCAGUUCUCCUACAAGAAGGACCCGCGGUCUUCCCAGAGAGUGUGAAGCUCGAAAUCGAUAAAGCCUAUAUCAAACUCUGGAAACAGGCACGAGACACGCAGGCCCUGGUACUGCGAGUUCAGGCCGAUGCUGACAAAAGGUUCGUCAGGUAUGAGAAGGUUCUUGACAAGCUCAUCCAGGCGGUCGUCGACUUGCACCCUGUCGGGGAUAAGCUCCAGGACUCGGUCACGGAAGUUUUCAACGUGCUAGAGGACAUCUUCACCCAGGAGGAGAGAGUCUUCGCCACUCACACGUCCCAGAUGAUUGCGGCUCUGGAUCGACUCAAGUACAUCGUGCAUGAGCUGCUGGACAAAUCCGAGAAACGGGCAGUCAAGGCACAAACUAUGGGGACGGAUCUCCAUAAAGCUGUGGUGGCGGUUCUGAAUCAGAACCACCGCAUCCUUGACGACUUGGAGUUCAAGCUCGGGGCCGAAGUCAGGCGCACCCAAGGCCUGAUCGGAGCCCAUGCUGACUACUCCCAACUGCAGGUCUACCUACAGGAAACGGUGGGCCCACUGCAGAGACAGCUCGACCUACUGAUUCGACAUGACACGGCUACGACAGCCUCUUCCAGCAUGCCAAUGGGUACCUCGAGUCCACCACCACCGCCGCCCGCCGUCGACACCUACGACACCUACGACCCCGCACGCGAAGCGGUACAAGACGGAACAUCUGGCGAACACUGGGUUACCCUUGAUGACGGCACUUCGCUCUCGGUGCGACCUGAAUGCUGA